UGUCAUCCGUGCUCCACGAUUGCAACAGCUGUCAAACCUCAUUUCACACAUCACGGUUAACAAGAGGCAAUAGGAUACUAAUAGGUUUUGAUCGAUAUAUUGAUAUCAUCAUGCUUGCUCUCUCCUACGCCUAGUGUCUCUACUGGUCGCUCUUCGAAAGUACUAAAACUGCAAAAGGAGCAUUACUGAGGCCAAAGAUCUGAACAAAGGAAGACACUUAUCAACUAGUAGAGGGUAUCAGCAUGCAUCAUAGUCUCUCGACACCAUCAUCAACGGCAUGGCCUUCACCUACCGCAGGCGUUACAUCUUGCUCAUGCUCAUCUUCUGUUUCAUCACCUUCAUCUACAGCCACUUCUUCCUCCCCUCCAGCAAGCACAAGAAGUUGAUGCACAAGAAUGACUUCCAACCAAUAAUGUCAGAUGAUGUAAGUUAUCAUGGAGAAUCAAAACAAUCGGAAAGAAUUCUUCAGAUUGCUCAGAAAAUAACUGAUGGCCCGGUUCUGAUUACUAUCAUCAAUGAUGCAUACCUUCCUUUCACACACAGCUGGUUGUGCAAUACUAAAUAUAUGGGCAUACACAAACAGGUGCUCAUCAUUGUAACUGAUAAACUGAGUCGUGACACUCUGACUCGAUUGUGGCCGGACAUCCAUGUUUUCCUGCUACCAGGAGGUGAGGGGUUUAGUGGAGACCAGGUGUACAGUCAUGUUGGGUAUGUGAGAAUCAUGAUCCGGAGGACUACGAUCAUUUUGGAACUACUCAAACACCAAGUGGAGCUCCUUCUGUUUGAGGUGGACUGUUUGUGGCUCACAGACCCGAUCCCUGAAUGUCAGAGGGAAAUUAGGGGCUAUGACCUUCUUGCUACGAAGGUCAGUGACAGGCCAGGGAUUCUGGGAGGGGGCUUCCUCUAUAUGAUCCCCAACAGCAAGGUGGUCAAUCUGUGGGGGAUGCUGACUCAAAAGCUGAUGAAGCUUGAGCAAAGGAUUCUAAAGAUGGAUGGUUCAAUGUCCUUAUCAGAAGGUGAUAAUGAUCAAAUGUACCUGUCCCACUUGAUUGGUAGGAAAUAUGGGUCUGUUGAAGUAACUGCUGUGUCUUUAGAUAAAUUUGCUGAUGGUCGGUGGUACAAGAUGGAUGAAGAGAAAAAGAAGACACUCAGACCCCUCAUCAUCAACAAUAACUGGGUCACCGGCAACAAGGCCAAGAUGAGGCGAGCUCGCAAGUUUCACCACUGGUUUUGGAAGGAAAAUGACGAGAUGUGUGAUUUCAAAUUGGUGAACAGUACAGUGUACUAGUGUCACUAUGUACUGAUGUCAAAGUGUACUGAUGUCAAAGUGUACUGAUGUCAAAGUGUACUAUGUCAAAGUGUACUGUGUGAAAGUGUACUGUGUCAAAGUGUACUGAUGUCAAAGUGUACUGAUGUCAAAGUGUACUGUGUCAAAGUGUACUGUGUCAAAGUGUACUGAUGUCAAAGUGUACUGAUGUCAAAGUGUGCUAUGUCAAAGUGUACUGUGUCAAAGUGUACUGAUGUCAAAGUGUACUGAUGUCAAAGUGUACUAUGUCAAAGUGUACUGUGUCAAAGUGUACUGCUGUCAAAGUGUACUGAUGUCAAAGUGUACUGUGUCAAAGUGUACUGAUGUCAAAGUGUACUGAUGUCAAAGUGUGCUAUGUCAAAGUGUACUGUGUCAAAGUGUACUGAUGUCAAAGUGUGCUAUGUCAAAGUGUACUGAUGUCAAAGUGUACUGAUGUCAAAGUGUACUGAUGUCAAAGUGUACUGAUGUCAAAGUGUGCUAUGUCAAAGUGUACUGAUGUCAAAGUGUACUGAUGUCAAAGUGUACAGAUGUCAAAGUGUACUGAUGUCAAAGUGUACUGAUGUCAAAGUGUACUGAUGUCAAAGUGUACUGAUGUCAAAGUGUGCUGAUGUCAAAGUGUACUAUGUCAAGGUAUACUGAUGUCAAAGUGUACUGAUGUCAAAGUGUACUGAUGUCAAAGUGUACUGAUGUCAAAGUGUGCUAUGUCAAAGUGUGCUAUGUCAAAGUAUACUGAUGUCAAAGUGUACUGAUGUCAAAGUGUACUGAUGUCAAAGUAUACUGAUGUCAAAGUGUACUGAUGUCAAAGUGUACAGAUGUCAAAGUAUACUGAUGUCAAAGUGUACUGAUGUCAAAGUGUACAGAUGUCAAAGUGUACUGAUGUCAAAGUGUACUGAUGUCAAAGUGUACUGAUGUCAAAGUGUACUGAUGUCAAAGUGUGCUGAUGUCAAAGUGUGCUAUGUCAAAGUGUGCUAUGUCAAAGUAUACUGAUGUCAAAGUGUACUGAUGUCAAAGUGUACUGAUGUCAAAGUAUACUGAUGUCAAAGUAUACUGAUGUCAAAGUGUACUGAUGUCAAAGUGUACAGAUGUCAAAGUAUGCUGAUGUCAAAGUGUACUGAUGUCAAAGUGUACAGAUGUCAAAGUAUACUGAUGUCACAGUGUACUGAUGUCAAAGUGUACUAUGUCAAAGUGUACUGAUGUCAAAGUGUACUAUGUCAAAGUAUACUGAUGUCAAAGUAUACUGAUGUCAAAGUGUACUGAUGUCAAAGUGUACUGAUGUCAAAGUGUGCUAUGUCAAAGUGUACUGAUGUCAAAGUGUACUGAUGUCAAAGUGUACUGAUGUCAAAUUAUACUGAUGUCAAAGUGUACAAUGUCGAAGUGUACUGAUGUCGAAGUGUACUGAUGUCAAAGUGUACUGAUGUCAAAGUGUACUGAUGUCAAAGUGUACUGAUGUCAAAGUGUACUAUGUCAAAGUGUACUGAUGUCAAAAUACUGAUGUCAAAGUGUACUAUGUCAAAGCAUACUGAUGUCAAAGUGUACUGAUGUCAAAGUGUACUAUGUCAAAGCAUACUGAUGUCAAAGUGUACUGAUGUCAAAGUAUACUGAUGUCACAGUGUACUAUGUCAAAGUGUACUGAUGUCAAAGUGUACUAUGUCAAAGUGUACUAUGUCAAAGUGUACUGAUGUCAAAGUGUACUAUGUCAAAGUGUACUAUGUCAAAGUGUACUGAUGUCAAAGUGUACUGAUGUCAAAGUGUACUAUGUCAAAGUGUACUAUGUCAAAGUGUACUGAUGUCAAAGUGUACUGAUGUCAAAGUGUACUAUGUCAAAGUGUACUAUGUCAAAGUGUACUGAUGUCAAAGUGUACUGAUGUCAAGGUGUACUGAUGGUAAAGUAUACUGAUGUCAAAGUAUACUGAUGUCAAAGUGAACUGAUGUCAAAGUGUACUGAUGUCAAAGUGUACUAUGUCAAAGUGUACUGAUGUCAAAGUGUACUGAUGUCAAAGUGUACUAUGUCAAAGUGUACUGAUGUCAAAGUGUACUAUGUCAAAGUGUACUGAUGUCAAAGUAUACUGAUGUCACAGUGUACUGAUGUGAAAGUGUACUAUGUCAAAGUGUACUGAUGUCAAAGUGUACUAUGUCAAAGUGUACUAUGUCAAAGUGUACUGAUGUCAAAGUGUACUAUGUCAAAGUAUACUGAUGUCAAGGUGUACUGAUGUCAAGGUGUACUGAUGUCAAAGUAUACUGAUGUCAAAGUAUACUGAUGUCAAAGUGAACUGAUGUCAAAGUGUACUGAUGUCAAAGUGUACUGAUGUCAAAGUGUACUAUGUCAAAGUGUACUGAUGUCAAAGUGUACUGAUGUCAAAGUGUACUAUGUCAAAGUGUACUAUGUCAGAGUGUACUGAUGUCAAAGUGUACUGAUGUCAAAGUGUACUGAUGUCAAAGUGUACUGAUGUCAAAGUGUACUUUGUCAAAGUGUACUGAUGUCAAAGUGUACUAUGUCAAAGUGUACUAUGUCAAAGUGUACUGUGUUAAAGUGUACUGAUGUCCAAGUAUACUAUGUUAAAGUGUACUGAUGUCCAAAUAUACUGUGUUAAAGUGUACUGAUGUCCAAGUAUACUAUGUUAAAGUGUACUGAUUUCCAAGCAUACUAUGUUAAAGUGUACUGAUCUCCAAGUAUACUAUGUUAAAGUGUACUGAUGUCCAAGUAUUCUAUGUUAAAGUGUACUGAUGUCAAGGUAUACACUGUCGAAGUGUACUGAUGUCAAAGUGUAAUGAUGUCAAAGUUUACUAUGUUAUAGUGUACUGACAUAAAAGUGUAAAAGUACUGAUGUCAAAGUAUACUAUGUCAAAAUGCACCAUGGACCUGUGAAGAUCCGUGGUAGAUUAGUUCUUCAGCAACCCAUGCUUGCCAUAGAAGGCGACUAUGCUUGUCGUAAAAGGCGACUAAUGGGGUCGGGUGGUCAGGCUCGCUGACUUGGUUAAUGCAUGUCAUUGUGUCCCAAUUGUGUGGAUCGUUGCUCAUGAUGUCAUAUAGCUGGAAUAUUGCUGAGUGCGGCGUUAAACAACAAACAAACAAAGUGUACUAUGUGAAAGUGUACUGAUGUAAAAGUGUACUAUGUGAAAGGGUACUAUGUGAAAGUGUACUAUGUCAAAGGGUACUAUGUCAAAGUGUACUAUGUCAGAGAGUGCUAUGUCAAAGUGUACUUUGUCAAAGUUUACUAUGUCAGAGAGUACUAUGUCAAAGUGUACUGAUGUCAAAGUGUACGGAUGAAAGAAUUGAAUCCAAAGUUACAAUUACAGUUAUGAUGUUAAAAUACAAUUGAAAGUAAGAAAAUGAGUAGUUUUAUGAAAUCCGAAUUUUUAAUUAGAAUAUUUCCUAGUUGUGUGAAAGGGCAAUGCUUUUGGAAUCCUAGCUAAAUCUCUUAAACAUGCAAACAAGUAAAGGUUAUCAUAAAAUGCACUGAAUAAUUAAUAAACAGCCAAAAUAACGUGUACUUUGUUUCUAAUUACUGAGUCACAUUGCCAAAAUAGAUACGUUAUUGAUGGCAUCACUCAUUUACUAACUCAUUCAUGUGUUUAAUUCCAUGUGUUAUUUUUGUCCAUUGGAGAAUUGGUUGCUACAUGUAUUUGCAAAAAUCGAGCAUAAUCAUUGAUGAUAGGGUUGUGAUGUUUUUCUGAAACUUGUAUGAAAAUCUUGCAAUGAUGAAAGAAGAUUUUCUAAUUUGUCAUAAUAUCAAGUGAUUCUCUAUUUUUGUUUUAACUCUGAAGGACUGAAAUUCCAAGUGAACUGUCUGUCGUCUUCAUGUGCACCCCUCUGUUUACUUUUGACUUUAUGUCUCACAGACUUAUUGACCAAAUGUGGUGAUACUUUCCAUGUAAGCCUGUUACUGUACAGUGUACUUUGAAAAUGCUAAAGUUUUAAGAAUACGACGUAGAGGUCAUAUUGUCCUUCCACGACAAUCAGGCCACCUUACACAGGAACACUUUCUGUAUUUGAUGGCAAGAGGUUCCACAAUAUAUAUAAUUCCUACAAAUACAAAACCUUUAUUACAUCAGUGCCAGAAAUCCUGUACUUCUGCUGUCAUCACGCUGUAGAAUCUUUAGAUUUUCAACACAAGUCCUCUUCACUGUCAGCUAUCCCUAUUUAGUUGUGAUACUAAUAGUAUCUCUUUUCUUAAACUUCCAUGCAGCAAACCAGAGGCAGAACAUUAGGGUGGUGGGCUAGAUUAUCCCAUAAUGUAAUAGAGGUUGUAUUCUUAACAUUAUCAACAAUGAUAACAAUUAUUUGAUAUUAUAGUGAGUGAGUGAGUUGGGUUUAACGCCGGUUUUAACGGUAUUCCAGUUAUUUCACGGCGUGUCAGCUUAAUGUU